UUUAAAUGAGAUUUUAAAACGUGUAAAAUAUUGAUAUAUAUGUAAUUUUUUGUAAAUUUUAUUAAAGAUUUUGAUCGUUGUAGCGUUAAUUUUAGUAUAUAUUGUUGAUUAGACAUUUGUCAACAGUGUCGAUUGUGUUUAAUGGCGGUGUUUGCGUGAAGUGUAUAAAUUUUCGUGGAUGUUUUUGGACGAAUACCUCCAAUAAAAAUACCAUUGUUAAAAAGUUGUGACGAUGGAUCAGAAAGUGAAACUUUGGGACAGAGAUUCUAGCCAAUCUAUGAAUCUUCGUCAGCCAAACAAGCCAUCAGAAUCGAAAAAAAACACCGUCAAAGUUGAGGACUCUGUGAUUGUAAAUUCAAAAUUGUCUGUGGAUGCGGCUGAGUUUUAUCCGAAUAGCCACCCGGCACCUUCAAAUAACGUUUCCAGCAUACAGAGUAGACUGAACAAACACAAAAAGCAGCCAGAGUCUGCCAUAGAUCAUAUAGGUGUGGAGUCUGCUGCACAUCAGCACCAGAAUAAUGACGAAGAUUCCCCGGAUAUGUUGCGGUUAAAACACAUAGUUAAAACCCUAACAAAUGAUCCUGGACAGUUUGAUCAUUUAUUUGAUAUAUUCAUGGAAACUUUAAUGCCAUACCUACAAGAUGCUAUAUUCUUAACUGAUUGUGCCAGGCUUUUGGUUAAUCAGGCCAUCAAUUAUCCAAACUUUAGAUACACUGGUGCACGUCUGUCUUAUCACAUAGAAGGUACUUCACCCGAGUUUAGAGCCGCUCUACACCUGUUGUGUAAAAAAGAAUUGGACUCCAAUGCAAAUAAACAAAAUAUUUUACUGUUUGUGGCAGAGUUGUACAUACAACUGCACCAUUUAAAUAUAUAUGGCAUUUUGCUGAUUGAAGCUUUUAAAAUGUUAGUUUCUAAAGGAGGAAAUGAUAAUAUUAAAUGUGUUUGCCAAGCUUUAAAGCUCACAGGAUUUUCUCUUGAUAAGUAUGACAAAAAAGCAAUAGAUGAAAUAUUUGGACAAUUACAACAUGUCAAAUCCACUGUUGAUGGUUCCGCUUUAAUGCUUUUAAACUCUGUUUUUAAUUUAAGAAAUGCUAACUGGGGACACUCUAAUCAAAGUGAAUCCAGUAAUAGUCCUGUAGAAGAAGAAGCCUAUUAUGUAGAGCCCCAAAAUGCACAUUUCUAUAAUCUGGAUGGACAAGAAUUUACUAGUGAAGAGAGUGAAUUUUUAGCAGCUCAUUUGAACUGUAAUGAUGAAUAUUUAACAGAUACAUCUGAUCCUGAUGAACUGUUUAAUCCAGAGCCUGAAAUGGAUGAAGAAAUUCAAGCUGCAUUCAAAGAGUUUGUUAGAUUAAGUAAGUGAUAGUUAUCAAGAUUAUAAAUGUUUGUAUAUAUUGUAAAUUUCCAUUAAGUAAUAUCAAGAUCAUUUUUAUAAAUUAAAUAAUUUGACUUUGAUAAUCUUCAUUAUUUAUUAGUAGUUUUUCAAGAGUAGUUGUUGAAUAUUCUCAAUCCAAAAAUAGGUGUACUGGUUGUUCACUUUAAAUGUUUCCAUAUUGACAAGUUGUUCUAUGUAAAAGCCAUUGUUAGUGGAUUUUUUUUUAUAUGUUAACUGUUUAAAUGUUUUUUAUUGAAUAAAUUUUAGAAUUAAAUUA